AUGAGAGGAGGAGACAUCAUAUUUUGUAAAACCAAAAACAGAAAUGGCGAGAAGGAUUUUUGCUUCAUCUUCUACAAACCUCACUUCCUCUCUCUGUACCAUUCCAUCUCCAUCCACCACAUCCAACCCACGUACUCCCUCGUUCUCCCAUUUCUGUCACAUGGACAGAUCCUCCGCUGGAAUCCUUCUGUCCGCUGCUACAUUCAAGCUCCAAAUACCAAUCCACACGCUAAUGCUUCUGUUCUGUUCAACAUAAAAACCACUUAUCGACCACCAUCUUCUUCACUAAUACCAACCAGCCACUAUCUCUUCUCCACACGAACCAUCCUUCGUUCGCCCUUCAUUCUCCGACCCAGCUUCCUCUGUUCCGCUCACAGACCCAACGAACAACCUCCGAUCAACUUCAUCUCCACGUCACAACCUCUGUCAACUGCACACCAGCUACGCCGCUGUCCACCAACCUUCGAAGCUGUUAUUCCAGUUCUGGCUGCACCUUACCUCUGUUCAACAAUCAUCUCCAUUUUUUAG